UCAGCGCCAGACUGCAUCUCUCCGUGAUGAGGGUCAAGCCUCAAGAAGUAUAAGGUCAAAAGGUACUGUACCGCUGUUUUUUUCGUUUAAUUACAUCUGCCUUUUGUUCCCGACCAUUUGCACGGCAGGUUAAAGGGAAUGCUUUCGACAUUGAUCCACUUGCACCAAAAAAAACAGAAGCGUCUCGGUCAAGCGGUGGGAGGAGCAUAGGGCUGAUACUCGGGGGGUCUGAGCUGCGUCGCACUCGUGCUCCUGGAAGAUCCUCCUCUGUCCGGGAUUCAACCAGUGACGUAUGAUACCGGUAGCUCUGCUGGGCCUUCCGGCUGAACCACUUUCGGCUUUCAUUUGUCUGGUUUUCACGUGUAAGAAGUUUGAUCUCUAUUCUCGCACUGCAGUGAUCAUUUUCCGCUUCCCCCGCCAUCCCCCUUUCCCUUCCCCCCCUCCUUGCUCCGAGACGGCCGCUGACAACACCAUACUCCGCAGAUCAUUGCGCUUCAUCCCUCACUGCCCCCCUCCUGCUUUCGUCCCUCCCUCGUCCUUCUCUUCCAUACACCUGCAGCUAGCAUCUCUGCACCAUAAUGGCCAGUGCACGCUCCUCAAUGAGGUCUCUUGGGAGACCCUUUCUUAUCGGUACCGCUGUGGGUAUUGGUGGCAUUAUCGCAUACAGGUCAUACUCACCUCGGCCCACCUCGCAUGCGUACUCCGUCAACAAAGAUGGUGACGACCCUUCUACGGUCGGAGCUCUAAACGCGAUGGGUGGUUUCUCAGCACCGCCAAAGUUUCCACUUCUACCAAAUAGAGAGGAGCAGAUUAAUCGACUGCGAGCCGGGACGGAGGGAAAUGAGUACGAUUUGUUGGUCAUUGGGGGUGGUGCAACCGGUAGUGGAAUUGCCCUGGAUGCUGCCAGUCGUGGCCUGAAGGUGGCAAUGGUGGAGCGCGAUGAUUUUUCUUCGGGAACGAGUAGCAAGAGCACUAAGCUUGUGCACGGGGGUGUACGCUAUCUUGAGAAAGCUUUAAAGGAAUUGGAUUACAGCCAGUAUCAGCUUGUCAAGGAAGCCCUCAGGGAACGUGCCGUGUUCUUGACCACAGCCCCUCAUUUGAGCAUGAGUUUACCUAUCAUGUUACCGGUUUAUGAAUGGUGGAAAGCUCCGUAUUACUGGGUGGGAACCAAAGUUUACGACUUCCUGGCUGGGAAAGAAAAUUUAGAGAGUUCAUACUUUUUGACCAGAGGUAAAGCUUUGGAGGCGUUCCCGAUGUUGAAAGGGAAUGGACUGGCUGGCGCUCUGGUGUACUACGGUUCGUGGUUCUCCCCCGGUCCGGUUGAUUGAGGGCUCAUUGGAGUAGACGGAUCCCACAACGACUCCCGUAUGAAUGUAUCCAUUGCGCUUACAGCAGCACUUUACGGUGCGGCAAUUGCCAAUCACGUGGAGGUGAACGGAUUGAUCAAAGAUCCGGCUACGGGUAAGGUUACCGGUGUUAAAGUCCGCGACCUUGUACACCAAUCGGGGGGUGGGAGGCUGGGCAGAGGAGGGGGCGCUGGAGAGAGCGAGUUUGUGGUAAAGGCUAAGGUAUGCACGGAAACAUGUCUCGAUCGAUUGCAACUUAGGAGGCUUAAGAGGCUGAGUUUCCAUAGGGUGUGAUCAAUGCUACCGGCCCUUUCACCGACAGUAUUCGCAAACUUGAUCAAGGCGAAACAACACAAGAAAUCGUUGCACCGAGUAGUGGUGUGCACAUCGUCCUCCCGGGGUACUACUCACCUGCUCGAAUGGCAAGAUUGUGACUCCAUAGACAAUAUCAGCUCCCAGCUAAACGAGAAUUCAGGGUUUGAUCGAUCCCAAUACCUCUGAUGGUCGUGUAAUAUUCUUUCUCCCGUGGCAGGGCAACACUAUCGCUGGCACCACUGACGCUCCAACCGCGAUUACACCCCACCCCCUCCCACGAGAGGAGGAGAUCAACUGGAUCCUUAACGAGAUCCGGCGCUACCUGGCCCCGGAUAUUAACGUGCGCCGUGGGGAUGUCCUCGCGGCCUGGUCCGGAAUUCGUCCGCUCGUCAAAGACCCCGACGCCAAAAACACCGAGUCGUUGGUACGGAACCAUCUCAUUAAUGUCUCGGAUAGUGGGCUCAUCACAAUCGCGGGGGGGAAAUGGACCACUUAUCGUCAAAUGGCCGAAGAGGCUGUCGACGAAGCUGUGAAACAGUUCAAUCUCAAAACGGGCCCAGUGGCCCGCCCCGAUCACGUGCCAACCAUACUAGAGUGGGAUAGCGCAGGUGCCAUUGAUGGUAGCUGCAAAACGGAUCGAUUGAAAUUGAUCGGAGCUCAUUGUUACAGCAAGACGCUGUUCAUUAAUCUCAUUCAACACUUUGGUGUGGAAACCGAGGUUGCCCAGCAUCUUGCUGGUGCUUAUGGAGAUCGCGCAUGGGCCGUCGCUUCACUCUCCGCCCCAACAGAGCAGCGAUUCCCUGUCCGUGGUAAACGCUUGUCCGCCCUUUAUCCGUUCAUUGACGGGGAGGUAAGGUAUGCUGUUCGCCAUGAGUAUGCGCAGACGGCGGUCGACGUUAUCGCACGCAGAACUCGUCUUGCAUUCCUGAAUGUGCAGGCAGCCCUUGAGGCCCUACCUGGAGUUAUCGAUAUUAUGUCUGAGGAGUUGAAGUGGAGCAAAGAGCGGAAGGGUAAAGAGUGGAAAGAGACCGUCGAAUUUUUGGUUAGUAUGGGCCUGCCGGAAAAGAGAGUUAGGGUGACGAGGAGAGAAGUGGAGGGCGGUAUCGUGGGUCGGUGGGGAGUUGACGAGAAGGCGUUUUCAAGACACGGUACGCAUUCUGAAUCCCCGGUAUGACUGCUGCAACUACUAAAUAGCUUGGUGCACAUAGAGGGCCCAAGAGAUGCUUACGACCCCAACCUGAGUAGGAUACGGAAUGGGGGAGUCUGAUCAUCACUGCAUUUUCAUUUUCAUCGCUUUGCCAUAGAUGGGGUUCAAGAGCUUGGAUAGUUCGAGCAAGCGAUGCGUUUGGUUUAGGGCUUCCCUUUUAUCUUUUCAAUUUAACUCACCUUUCCAACUGUACAAUUUUUUCCCCCAUAUUCUUUUUUUGGUUAUAUCAUAGCACAAGUAGAGCAUAGAAGUAUAUUAUACCUCUGCCACGUCAUGAACUAUCACUCAUGUUGGAUCACGGGAGUAGACUAGUGGAUCUUGGUAAGGGACAACUGUGAAAUU